AUGAUAGAUGACCUUCUACUUGACCCACAGCUUAAGUACUGGAUGUUGCUUCCUAUUACUGCAACAAUGGUGCUCGUAGGCUUGCUAAGAGCGAACAUCACCUACCUUCUUACGCCACGUCCAAAGGUUGAGCCAGUGAAGAACGCCAGAGAGAAAUCAUUUCUUAAGCGUACAGCUGCAUUUAGGCAUAACUAUAAGGUUUUGACUGCAGAGGAGUUCAAGACCAGGAAAGCAUACUACUUGGAGAAGCUCAAGAGUGAUGACUUUUUGGCCAAGAAAGAAGGUGAAGAGGAUGUUAGAAAUCCAUUAGCUGAUGGCUCCUUCAAUGACGCUUUGAUGAAUAUGGCCAAGGGAAACAUGAUGAACUUCAUUCCUCAGACAUUGAUUAUGGCGUGGGUGAACUUCUUCUUUGCCGGGUCCGUGGUUAUGAAGCUUCCAUUCCCACUUACAGAAGGAUUCAAGAGUAUGUUGCAAAGUGGUGUUAACACCCCAGACUUGAGUGUCAGAUACGUGUCUGCCAUCUCUUGGUACUUUGUCAAUUUGCUCGGUCUCAGACCAGUCUACUCUUUGCUCAUGAACGAUCCUGAGUCAGCACAAGCUUUGGUAAACCAGCAGCAACAACAAUCGUCAAUGCCUAAUUUAGGUGCCCCUGGCGGUCCUAAACCAGAACAAGUGUUCCAGGCCGAAAGUGAAAAUAUUCAGCUUUUGCAGCACGAGUCCAUCUACGACGGCAUUGCCGCAAGAAUUUUGAACAAGUAUUAG